CGGAGCGCGUCACUGAUCCACAGCUGAUCGGCAGCAUGAGGCGGAUGUGUCGCACCGGAGCGACCUUGUUGUUCGGAGCCGGGACCGGAGCCUCGGUCAGCCGCCUGCUGAGCGCCACAGACGGCCCUGAGGAGGACGGAACCGGCCUGCUGACCACACUCCCGGUGGUGCCGGUACCGACGGUCCAGGCCGCCGAACUCACGGUGAGUCCAGGUGGGUCAGGUGCAGUGAUGAAGUACGGCUUUCCCUCAUUGGCCAACAUCAAGACCAGAGAGUCCUACGUCACCUCUUACGACCCCCGGACACGCACUGCAUCCUGGGUAAUCGAGAGGCUAAACCCCGCCUCCCUGAGCGGCCCGUCAGACAGGAAGUACUGCGAGUUCAGAGAAGACGACAGUGUUCACGUGUUUCACAGAGCGACAAACGCCGACUACAAGGGGAGUGGCUUCGACAGAGGUCACCUUGCUGCUGCAGCCAAUCACAAGUGGAGCCAGAAAGCCAUGGACGACACCUUCUACCUGAGCAAUGUUGCACCGCAGAACCCUCACCUGAACCAGAACACCUGGAACAAUCUGGAGAAAAUGUGUCGCUCUCUGACCAAACGUUACCUGAACGUCUAUGUCUGCACGGGGCCGCUCUACCUGCCCAGGCAGGAGGCUGAUGGGAAGUUCUACGUUCGAUAUCAGGUGUUAGGACGAAACCAUGUUGCCGUGCCAACGCACUUCUUCAAGGUGUUGAUCCUGGAACAGCCGGACGGCAGGGGGGUGGAGCUUCGGUCGUACGUUCUGCCAAACGAGCCAAUCGAUGAGAAGGUUCCUCUGGAGCGCUUCCUGGUUCCCAUAGAAACCAUCGAGCGAGCGUCAGGACUGCUGUUCGUCCCAAACGUCAUGAAGAGGACGAGCAGCCUGAAGGCCAUCGCUGACAGAUGAACUACACUACCCAUAAUGCACUGCUGCUCUCUGUACAGGAACAGACUGCAUUACCCAGAGUCCUCCACUGCUGAAUGAACUCAGUCUGACAGCGUGAUCAUGUGACAUCGUUAUCAAGAAACUCAUCAUGUGACGUUUAAUUAAAAUGAUUUUACAUUUUCAAACUUUCA